AUGGACGGCUUGUUCGAGGACUCGUCGCUUCUGUCUCUAUCGACUGUCCUCGCAGCUGAUUUUGUUGAUCGACUCAACGAAAAUCGGCUGUCUACUUUCCUGACUGCAACUGUCGUUUCCGUCUACUUUUCCCUCGGGAGCAAGUUGGACAUUGGGCUUACCCUAGGGUUUGUUGCUUGGAAGUAUUAUUUCCUCAUUGCUUCACUCUUGCACUCAAUUGGGUUGCAGCAACUUGGUCUUGUUACUGCUAUCGCUCUUGGAACAUAUUUUCUUGGGUACUUUGUUUUGAGAUGGGGGUCUCCUCGCAAGCCCGGAUCUCUCAGAGUCAGUAUAGGACAACCAGCCAACAAAACUGAGAGAGUCCUUGAAGGGGCCUUUCGUCAAUACCUCAAGCAUCUUGUCGGGAAAUCGCCAACGCCUCUUGCUGUUCGAUACAUACCCAGCGGAGUUGCUGAAACUUCCAAUGAUGUGUUAGUGUCCCAUCAGACCGGACCAUCAGAACCCAUAAACGAGAUCGAAAUCAAGAUCUUGUCACCCGCUUUCUAUUCACGUUUCGUCCACUAUGCGCAUGAUUCUGAGGCACUUUUUUGCGAGCUGGCUGAAAGUUGCACGUUCUGGACCGACAAACCGGAAUUGUUGAUAAAGGUCUUCUUGAAGAAGGGAUCCGCGCCUCUCCAUGCAUCCAGUCUGAUCGACUUUAUUUACUUCCAGCUCAUCAAGAGCUUGAGACGCCGACCAAACAAGAUCGAGAAACCCUCAGCGGCUGCAUCGCUCUCACCUCAAGGUGUUGAUAUUCGAGGCUUCCGCAUGUCGUCCAUGGACGCCUUUAUUCUUGCACAAGACGAUGUUGGACUCAAGAAAGCCUACAGAACGGGGGUUGUUCGUCUAUUCAUGGCUGAUCACCUCACUCUAGGAAGCAUGCGCUUACUUGGCAUGAUAGAAUUCGUGGGAAGAGCGGGCAUAUCAUGGGUAGUAGCGUCUCUCAUCUGCCAAGCCAUUCCAAAUUUCUCAUGA